AUGGAGUUGACAGUGUUCAUCACUGUGCUGUGGUUUGCCUUCUUUGCACUACAAGCACCUUGUACUUCCCUGGAAAUGAAGCUGCAUGCAUCAGAUGAACAAGCAGCAAAAGGAGUUGAGCUUUCUCAGUACCCAUCACUUCCAAGGAAGAUCAGAUUCACCGAGGAAGCUGUAGCAGUUAAGGUAAAUGAUGUUCACCAUUCGAUUUCAAGCACCAAGCAUAAGGAACAUGUCUCAGGGAAAGCAUACCAGAAAGAGGAAGCAAGAUUAGUGCAUGGAAGUCGAGGAACAAGGCAAGAAUGGGUGGAGUCUGGGGCUGACAUUUCACACUAUUUUUCGAUGGAUUAUACCCACGUAAGAAGACGACGCCCCAUACAUAACAAGUCAUUGCCGGUCGGUCCUUGAAACCUGGAGGAUCCAUUAUUUCAUCAACAACA